AUGUCUUGGGGAGGAUUUAAGAAAGCAAUCAAUCGAGCUGGCGCAUCUGUUAUUGUCAAGGAUGUUGACAAGACUAUGGAUAAGGACUUUGAUGUGGAGGAGAGAAGGUACAAGACCUUAAAGACUGCAGGGACGAAUUUACAGAAAGCUGCCAAGGGGUAUUUGGACAACAUCAGAGCAAUCACGAAUUCCCAAGUCACAAUUGCCGAGAUUAUUUAUAACUUGUACGAGGAGUCGAAGCAGGGACAAUCGCUCUACUCGAAUGUUGGGACUUAUUACAUGCAGAGUGUCAAGGAGUUUGAUGAGGAGACUGUGAAACAGAUUGAUGGCCCGUAUAGGGAGACUGUUUUGGAUCCAAUUGGAAAGUUUUCCAACUACUUUAGUGAGAUUGACGAAGCAAUCAAAAAGAGAGCACACAAGAAGAUUGACUAUGAGCAGUGCAAAGCCAAAGUUAGACGGUUAGUCGAUAAACCUGCCAAAGAUGCGGCCAAGUUGCCACGCGCCGAGAAGGAAUUGUCGAUGGCCAAAGAGAUUUACGACGAGUUGAAUGACCAGCUCAAGGCCGAGUUGCCGCAGUUGAUUGCAUUGAGGGUGCCUUUCUACGAUCCGUCGUUUGAGGCGUUGGUCAAGAUCCAGUUGAGGUUCUGUACUGAGGGGUACUCGAGAUUGGCACAGAUCCAACAGUACUUGGACCCAGCGUCCAGAGACGAGUAUGCCAAUGGGUUGUUGGACGGCAAGAUUGAUGAUAUGUUGGCACAAAUGCAAGGUUUGAGUAUAACUUCUUUAGGAAAGUAG